GUCCAAGAGAUAACACAAGUUCAGACGACCACUGCUGCUCCAUAUCGACCAGUGACAGGUGCUCCCCCGCGGUAUCUGAGCCGAUAACGGAGGACAGCGACGAAACCGACAGGAAAACAGGCGACAGCAACCUGACAGACGACAACGAGGACGCGCACAACGGCUUUGACGCGCGGUCGGAGCAAGACGCGUCCUCGGACCCGAGCUCCACCCGGAAGAAGAAGACCCGGACCGUGUUCAGCCGCAGUCAGGUGUUUCAGCUGGAGUCCACCUUCGACGUGAAACGGUACCUGAGCAGCUCGGAGAGAGCGGGGCUCGCAGCGUCCCUCCACCUGACUGAGACGCAGGUCAAAAUCUGGUUCCAGAACCGGAGGAAUAAAUGGAAGAGACAGCUGGCGGCGGACCUCGAGGCUGCACAUAUCCCACACUCCUCCCAGCGGAUUGUCAGGGUGCCCAUUCUGUAUCACGAGGGACCCACACCCACUGCAGCUGUGGGUUUCAGCCUGAACGGACAUCCACUCUCUCCACCCGUGGCAGGCUUUUCGAGCUCCAUCAACUACCCUCUGUCCUCGUUUGCUCACUCCAUGAGCAUGUUAAGAUCGCAGAUGACCGGUUUGGUGUAAAAACUUUUACAGACUGAGACAUCAAACUGUUUGUUGGUAACAUAAAUUCACCCUGUUGAUACUGAAUCGUGCAAUAAACCACAAAGCCGCAUUAAACUGUUGACUUCAUCCAAAGAGCCGCAGAGACGUUAAAUAUAUGAAUCAUCUUUAUAAAUCUGUUCAAGAGUCUGUGCUCCUGACGCAGAAUAACAAGGCCGAGACCACUGGAGGCCGCAGCUGUUCCCGUACUGUAUGUUUGAAUACACACAUAUUUUUACAAACUUUUAUAUUUAA